ACGAAACGCGCGUCCUGGAUUCCAAUGCUAGCCACCAUCCAUCAUUGCUUAUAUCUGAUUGGUUCAUUUAUAAAAAAAAUAUAAUCUCGAUUUGAUUGGUUCAUAUUUAUUACUCAUCUUAAUGUUCAUUGGUUCAUUGAAAACAAUACAAUCUAAUAAAAAGAGUCAUGUUACCAUGUCAACAUUUAUUUAUUAUUAUUAUUAUUAUUAUUAUUAUUAUUAUUAAUCUAAUGAAUAACAUUAUGUUAAUAAGAUUAUUAAUUACAAUUAUUAUUAUUUCAUUUAUCUUAUUAUGUGCUAUUCAUCCAUCUAUAUGGCUUAUCAUUAAUAAUCAAUUAUGUUUAAAAGAGAAUAGUCAAUUAUAUAAUCAUUGGUUUAAUUCAUCUAUACCAAUUUAUAUACAAUUUUAUUUUUUUAAUUUAACAAAUCCAUAUGAAUUUCAAAAUGGUGCCAAACCUAAAUUAAAACAAUUAGGACCAUAUACAUAUAAUAUUAAAUAUUAUAAAUUCAAUAUACAACAUAAUUAUAAUAAUAAUACAAUAAAAUAUCAACAAUAUAAACGAUAUUAUUUCAAUUCGAAAUUAUCAAUUGGACAUGAAACCGAUCAUAUAACCCAUAUCAAUUUAGGAUUUGUUGCCAUAGCAACUAAAUUGAAUUCGUUACCACGAUUAAUUAAUUAUUUGAUUGAAUUAUAUGAAAAAUAUCAUCAUUAUAAAUUAAUACAAAUUAAAACAAUUCAACAAUUAUUAUGGGGUUAUAAUGAUGAAUUCUUAUUAUUAUUAUCUAAUUAUGGAUUUAAUAUAAAAAUGACAAAGAUUGGUUUAUUAUUAAAUUAUAAUGAUACAUUAAAUGAUGAUAUCAUCAUUCAUGAUGGUUUAAAAAAUCCUAAAAAUUUAGGCAAAAUCAUACAAUAUAAUAAUAAGACUAAAUUAAAUGAUUGGACAACAAUUACAGCGAAUAUGAUCAAUGGUACUGAUGGUACAAUCUAUCAUACUUAUAUAAAUAAACAAGAGAAACCCUAUAUAUUUCUGAAUGAUUUAUGUCGUUCCAUUCAAUUAACAAGAGAUUCAAUUAAACAAAUGAAUCAUUUAAAUGUAUUUAAAUAUUUAUUAACUGAGGAUACAUUUAAAUCUGGUGAAUUCUAUGAGAAGAAUAAAGGAUUUUGUUUAAAUUGGUCAAAUUGUUUUAAAGAUGGUGUAUUGGAUAUGUCAUCAUGUCAACCGAAUGCACCAAUUGUUAUAUCACAACCACAUUUUUUAAAUGCUGAUAAAUCUUAUCAAAAUGCUAUUGAUGGUAUACAACCUAAUAAUGAUGAAUAUAAUACAACCAUUUAUAUUGAACCAACUACUGGUCUUAUUAUAAAAGCUCAAAUUAAAUUACAAAUUAAUAUUGUGAUUAGAAAUAAUAAAAAAAUUAAACAAUUAUCUAAUAUUUCAAAUGUUUUAUUACCUUUAGUAUAUUUCAAUGAAUCUGUACAUUUAAAUGAAACAAUCACUAAUCAAAUAAAUAUGUUACUUAUUCAAUUACCAAUGAUUAUUCAAAUUGUUUUAAUCAGUAGUAUCGUAUUCAAUGUUCUAUGGUUAUGUUCAAUUAUAUUUAAAUUAUUUAAACAAAAUAGAUAUAAUUUAAAUAAUCAAAGAAUCAAUGAAGAAAAUCAGUGGUUAUUAAGUCAUCAUUGAGAAGGUGUCAAGGAAAAGUUUAUAUAUAUAUACAUAUUUCAUGUAAAUACUAUAAACCAUAUGAUAAAUCAGAAUUCAUCAAUUGUUCUAUUCUAUUGUUUUCUUCAUGUUUCUAAUAUUUCUAAUCUCAUAAGUAAUAAUCAAUAAAUCAUUUGUUUUCAAUGUAAUGAUAUUUUACAUGUGUAGCGUGGUGUCGGGUCCCAGUUGACUAUGAACAUCACUACAAAGAAACACGUGUCAAAUAAAUCAGAAGGUGAAUGCGGAUUAGAAUCAAGUUUAUUUCUUUGGCGAUCUCGUGGUAUCGAAUGAAUACUGAGAUCGUGCCAAGAAAAGGUACAAGCGAAAUCGGCAGGAGAAAGUACGUGCGAACGGGGUCACGAACAGCGAAACAGUAAUGGAGAAUAAUGGAGGAGCAAUAUGGCUGUCUUUAGCACAGUUAAACAAACGAGCACAGUAAAACAAUCAUUGGUACAAUUGGUUAUAAUAAUAAUUGUUUUCGUUAAAUUAAUCGCGUUCUCUUGAUAAAAGUAGGUCACUACACAUGAUUGAAUUCAUCAUGAAUUGACUUUAAUUGAUUUAUUAUUCGAAACUAGAAAGCAUUGAAUAGUUGCAACUUGAUCGAUAUGAUUUGGUCUACACUAAGAAGAAUCUGAUAUACAUGACAUUGAUCACUACUCAGUGAUCUAUCGAUUUUAAAUACAGUUCAGUCUUACAGGAGGACAGUCGUGGCCUGGAUAGCUUGUAGUGGCAUUGGACCAUAACCACACAAUCCUCAAAGCUGAACACGAGACGACUCGGAAAAUAGAUAUUCAAUAUUUAGCGCGGAGAAAUACCUGACGAUGUAGAAGGUGGGAAGAAUGUAUUGAAUGAAUUGGAGUUGAUCAGAUGGCAUGGCUCGGCCAUACAGGCGUGGUCCCUCUGAAUGUUACCUUGUAUCUUCUAUUCAUAUUAAAUAUAUUGUUCCUUCUCUAGCUCAACCUUGUUCUACAUCAUGU